CCCCUACAAUUUUAUUACUAUUUAUUUAUUAAUUGAUAAAAAAAAAAGUGAAAAUGCAAAUGCAAAACGCCGUUGGCGGGUCAAUGUCGCUUUAAGCCUUCCCUUCCCUCUCUUCUCUCCAUUUGCUGUGAACGCUCAACAAUCACAGAACAACGACCACUGCAAAUUGAAAAAAAUCUUUCUCUCUCUCGCUCUCUUUCUCUCAUCUCUCAGCCUUCAAACCAUCAACAACAACAACAACAAAGAUUGUGUAUCAUAAAGAAGACAUUUAUAAGGAUAAUAAUAAAGCACCAGCUGCACGUUCUCAAACAACAAAUGCAAAAAUACUGUUGAAUUAUUUUUUCUAUUCAGAUAUUCAAUUCAAAUAAAUUACCAAACGUAACAGUUCGUAGCGAGAAAUAAAAAGAAAAAAGGAAGCAUGAAGCAGUUACACAAGCAAUCAAGCAUGAGUCACCACCACAGGCGCGACGAAGAGAUGCAGGGUUCGCACGCGUCGCAACCGUACUCCCCGAAAUCGCAGAAGCACAAUAGAUCCCUCCCCAGAUCCAUCAACUACCUUCUCCGAGAGCAGCGCCUCAUCUUCAUCCUCGUCGGAAUCCUCAUCGGCUCCACCUUCUUCAUCAUCCAGCCCACCCUCUCCCGUCUCGGUCCACAGGACUCCAAGCCAUUCAUCCCUGGAUCCGGCGGCGUCGUCCACCGCAGUGACGAGCUCGUCGUUCCUCGCGCCAGGGUCGGCAGGGUCCCCGUCGGUGUCAGCUCACGCCGCUUGAGGAUUGUAGUCACCGGCGGAGCCGGUUUUGUCGGUAGCCACCUCGUGGACAGGCUUAUCGAGCGGGGGAAUGACGUCAUCGUCAUCGAUAAUUUCUUCACCGGGAGGAAGGAGAAUCUGGUGCACUUGUUCGGGGACCACAGGUUUGAGCUCAUAAGGCACGAUGUCGUGGAACCGAUCCUUCUAGAAGUGGAUCAGAUCUACCACUUGGCUUGCCCUGCUUCGCCGGUGCACUAUAAGUACAAUCCCGUCAAGACUAUCAAGACGAAUGUGAUGGGAACUCUGAACAUGCUUGGCCUUGCGAAGCGUAUUGGAGCGAGGUUUCUGCUUACUAGUACUAGUGAGGUGUAUGGUGAUCCGCUGGAGCAUCCUCAGAAGGAGACUUACUGGGGAAAUGUGAAUCCAAUUGGUGAGAGGAGUUGCUAUGAUGAAGGGAAGCGCACUGCUGAAACCUUAGCCAUGGAUUAUCAUCGAGGUGCUGGUGUUGAGGUUCGCAUUGCUCGGAUUUUCAACACAUAUGGACCCCGCAUGUGUUUAGAUGAUGGACGUGUUGUUAGCAAUUUUGUUGCGCAGGCUAUUCGCAAACAGCCGAUGACUGUAUAUGGUGAUGGGAAGCAAACAAGAAGCUUUCAAUACGUCUCUGAUUUGGUUAAUGGGUUGAUGGCUUUGAUGGACGGAGAACAUGUCGGACCUUUCAACCUCGGUAACCCAGGGGAGUUUACUAUGUUGGAGCUGGCCGAGGUUGUUAAACAAACAAUUGAUCCAAGUGCUACAAUAGAAUUCAAACCGAAUACUGCUGAUGAUCCACAUAUGAGGAAGCCAGAUAUUAGCAAAGCAAAAGAACUGCUGAACUGGGAGCCGAAAAUCUCACUGAGAGAUGGGUUGCCUCGUAUGGUCAGCGAUUUCCGGAAUCGGAUUUUGAAUGAAGAUGAAACAAAGGGGAUGUAGAUAACGAAGAGAUGCAAACCCCUGUAUGUAUAUGGAGGUGUCUCCCCCUCAUUUUCUCUUUCAUACACACAGUCAUCAUCAACAGAAAGUUUUGGUAGUAGGCCACGUUGUUCUGUAGAUGUGUCUGUUGUUAACAAUUUUCUUUAAUUUUGACAAAAUUCUUUUCAGAUGUUUUCUUCUCUAUUGCAUUGGUUAGAAUUUGUAGUUAUUUGAUUUUGAUAUCCAGGAAAUUCUCUUUAGGAAAUUGUGAAUUUUCGAGGCGAUGAAUUUGGAGUAUUCAUUGCAUGUUAUAGGACGAUGAUACAGUAUUUCAUUUAUUUCAUGUGAAGUUGAUGUGAUUAGAAUGGAAGAUAUUUGAGCCA